AUAUAUACAAUGUAACACUGCUUUUGCGAGCAUCUACCAGUGCUGAUGGAAAUUAUCGCAGGAUUCUGCAGAGCAGGGAGAAUUGUUUUAUUUUAUUUCUUACAGUGAUGAUAUAUAUCGGAAGAUGAAGUAAACACUCCAGGUUUUGGGAGAGAUUUUCUGUAUUGAAAGCUUUUUUCCAAACACAUAUAUAUAAUAUAGGUAACAUGUUUGCUCGCUCAGCAGUGAUCUUUGUUCCCUCUGUGUAGUUUGCCUUCACCUUUCUUAUGGGAAUACUCACAAGGAACUCUACACAGCAGUAAUUGAUUUUAAUAGUACAAGGGAGAGUGGUAAAUUGCUUUCUGUUUUUCUGACCAACUGCAAAUUUACCUAAGUAAAGCCAUCAUGGUUUAUGAAUUGAGGACGAAUUAUGGAGACAGGGGAUACGUUGUGGAAUACCUGGCUAGCAAUACAUCAGAGAAUUGCAAGAGUUGGAUAUUAGUCCCAGCAGAAAAUCUCUGGCCAGAAUGGCUCAGAGGACUUCUUUAUGUGAUCUGCAUGGCUUAUUUUUUUCUAGGAGUUGCCAUUUCUUCAGACAUAUUUAUGAACAGUAUUGAGGUUUUGACCAGCAAAAAACGAACUGUGAAACAAUGGGACCCAGAAAAAAAUGAAAUGAAAGAGGUGGAAGUGUUCAUUUGGAAUGAGACAGUUGCUAACCUGACAUUGAUGGCAUUAGGGAGUAGUGCUCCAGAAAUUCUUCUGGCCACCUUUGAGGCAAUAGGUUCUCUUGGUACAAAUGAUGCAGAGAAGGACUCUUUAGGAACAUUUACCAUUAUUGGAAGUGCUGCUUUCAAUCUUUUGAUCAUCACAUCUGUUUGUGUUGUCAGUGUACACGGGGAUGAACCAAAAUACAUUAAAGAAUUUGGAGUCUUUCUUUUAACUUCGUUUUGGUCACUAUGGGCUUAUAUUUGGUUGCUUCUAGCUGUUCAGUACAUAACACCUGGAAUAAUUGACCCCUGGGAGGCUUGGGUUACCCUCCUGUAUAUGCCCCUCUUUGUCUUCUUGGCCUAUGCCACUGAUAAUGGAUGGUGGAGGGAUAAAUGUUGUAAAAAAACAAAUGAGGUAGAUGCUCAGGAGCCCAAACAAAUGGACCACAUAAGAAUCAUGACCAACCAACAGCGAAGAGGGUCCUUCGCUGGACAUGCCACGGCAGGAAAAGAGCUCCACAUGUUGGAGGUGGAGAAGCAGCAGAAACUAAGUGUGCUCAGCCUUCAAUCUCUUGAUAAAAAACCAAGAUCAGAUGAUCAUCUUCAUCCUUAUGGCAAUGACCGUCGGCUUUCAUUAUCUCCCGGUCCAAAAUCGGCCAAAGACAUCAAUGUGUCUUUAGACAGUGACAGUCACGAGAAAGACCAUGAUCAAUCUAAUGCUGAGGACAGGCUGGUCAAGAUGGAGAAGGGGAGCAAGGAACCCCAGCAGACCUUUGCAAGAGCAAGAAAUCAUAAAAAUAUCAGCACCAGUAUAAUGAACAGAGCUCGAUUCAGGCAUGCGGUGGUCAGUGCAAUGACUGGUACCAAAAAGAGAGUUGGUAGUGGUCACAAGUCUGCUAGGUUCGCUGAAUUGGUCAAACAAGUUCAGAGCAUCAACCAGGCAAGCAAAGAGGGCAAAAUGCCUGCAGGUGACUUGUAUGGAAAGUUCACAUUUGCAUCUGACAGAUAUGCUGUUCUUGAAAGUGCUGGAAAGCUCACCAUUGAUGUUCUCUUUCAUCGAAACAUGCCGAAAGCUGGCAUGAAAGCACAGAUUAUGAACGGAGACACUGUUGCUUUCAAGAAUGGUUCUACACAACCAACAUCAAUCCCUGCCACUGCCAACCCUGCCAGCAAAAACAACAUGGAGCAGGUUUUUGAGGGGACGGUCACUGUUGAAUAUGAGACGAGGGAAGGCUCUGGGAAAGCUGGCAAAGAUUUCAAAUACAGGACUGGUGUCUUGACUUUCAAGGACACAGAAUACAGACAGAGCAUCACUAUUGAUAUCAUCAAUGACAACCAGUUUGAAAAUGAUUGUGAUUUUUACUUGAUUCUCAAAAAUGCGACAAAUGGCACUUCGCUAGGAGAUCCCAGUGUGACCAGGAUCACCAUUGUGGAUGAUGAUGAACCUGGAGAAUUUCAGUUUGAGAGUCCACAUGUCUAUGCGGAUUUGUCCUCUGGGAAAGUAAAGGUCACUGUACAAAGAGAGUUUGGAGUAGAUGGCAAAGUCACAAUGGAAUACUCCACCAUUGAUGGCACAGCAGUAGGCGGGACAAGUCUUUCCAAAGAUGUGGACUAUAUUCAGGUGUCAGGCACUCUAGAAUUUAAACACCAAGAAACCAGCAAAACAAUAGAAAUCAAAAUCAAUAAAGAAGCCAAGUAUCUACCAAGUAUGGGAUCUAAAAACUUUGUUAUUGCUCUAAAAAAUCCCAGUCUGGGUGCAAAAAUAGGUCACAGAAGUGCUGUAGUCUGUCAUAUAAAUAAAGAAUCCAUAGAGGACCGUAUCGCAGAAGUCAUUAAGGAGGAGGAGGAGGAAGAACCAGUCACAUGGGCGGGGCAGUUCAAAAAUGCCAUGUCUAUAGAGGGGGGUCAGGAUGACGAUGGAAAUGACAUUCCUCCAACAUUUAUGGAUUAUUUACUCCACUUCCUCACCUUCUUCUGGAAAAUUUUAGGAGCUAUGGUGCCGCCAACGACAUUGUUAGGUGCUUGGCCAGCAUUUGUAUUUUCUCUGGUAUACAUUGCAUUACUCACAUUAGUUAUAGAACAGUUGGGGCAUUUACUUGGUUGUGUAGUGGGUCUAAAGACUAGCGUAGCAGGUAUAACAAUCAUAGCUUUGGGAACCAGUUUACCGGAUACAUUUGCCAGCCGGACUGCAGCCAUUCAAGAUGAGCAUGCUGAUGCUGCCAUUGGAAAUGUAACAGGUAGUAACAGUGUGAAUGUAUUCCUUGGCCUGGGACUGCCGUGGGUUCUGAGUACCAUGUAUGCUUACGCCACUGGAACCCAGUACAAAGUUCCCACUGGAAACUUAACUCAGAGUGUCAUCAUCUUUUCCACAUUAGGAGCUCUUUGUAUUCUUAUACUUGUCUUAAGGAGGAAGUUUGUUGGGGGAGAACUUGGAGGCAAGAACCGCAUUAUCAAGUGGGGGUCCAGCCUGCUUUUGUUCUUUAUGUGGAUGAUCUACAUCGUCUUGGCCAGUCUGAAGGCAUACGACAUCUUGGACUGGGAGGUUUGAAGUGGAAAAACAGUAAUAACUGUGUGAAUGUGAGUGCCAAAAAACCGAGCUAAAAAUAACUGAAGCAGUGGCCACCAAGAGGGACUGUGGAGGUGUAUCUCAGCGAGGACUUAUUGGUUUUUAAUUGUUAUGGUUGUUGGAUUCUUCAUCAGAAGUUUGAGAGAGAAAACAAAUUACUACUUAUGUACUAAUUUAUGAAAAUGAUAAUUAUGUAUUAUCCUCAAGUGUGAAAAUUUAUUGACAUUUUUGCAUUUUUUUUUAAGGAAUACAUCUUAAAUAUUUCACAGAGAGGUGAAGAAGAACUUGCUUGUAAAUAGAGGUAGUUAUAUACUUGUUAAAGACUUCACGUGAUUUUUUUUUAACAAGGCAUUUUAAUUUUGACACCUGUAAGUAUUACCAUACAAAAUGUUAUAAACUUGAUGAUGAUAUUGUUACAUCCUAGAGUGCUAUAAUAUUAGAUGCUGUUAGUCGUAACCUUAAGUUAAAAAAAAACAAACAAACAAACUGUGAUAAAUUCUUUGUUGUUUUUAUUUUUGUAAUAAAUGAGAGUUUAUAUACAUUCCUCUGUCGACCUGUAUAUUACCUACCCACGGUGAUCGAUAUUGUGCUUCUUAGAGGAGAUUGUUACUAGAUUCUUUAGUAUGAAUUCUUAUUUUGUUUUUAUGUUUUAUUGUUUUCAUUAAUUUAUGUACAGAUUUUACUCCAUGUUAGAGCCAAAUGUGAUUGCGAGUGUUGAACAAAAGCCACGUGAAUUUGUGUGUGUGUCAGUUUGUAGUAUUUCAUUGUUACGCAUGGUAUAGAAAAAAAAAAUGCAUGUGAUAUUACAGUAUUGAAAUUUAUUUUUGUUGAUUUUCAUUUUAUGUGAUGCAUUUUAGUAUUCAUUUUUAAUCCGGAUCACCAGUCCAUACUAGCUGUUUUAUUUUACACCAAAUACUCAGUGAUAAAGAAUACCUUAAAUUGUUAUUCAUUUGUGGAAUGCAACCAUUUAAUUUGUUUUCCCCACACUCAUAAAAUGUAAUGAUGAAAAACUAUGAUGCAUUAUUGAAAAAAAAAUUAUUUUAUUUUAGAAUAUCAGUGUUGUAUCCUGUUCAAAUGAAAAAAAAAAAACAAAACCCAAAUUACCAUGUUAUGAUCUGAAAAAAAUAAUUAACAUGCACCAAUAGAACAUUUCAUACUUCACUAAUGAGAGAUGAAUGCUACUCUGCCUCUAAGGUUGAGCAUUAAUUAACCAUCAACUAAGUUGUGAUAAUUUUUUCCCCUCUUAUUUGUGUAGUUAAUAUAGUGAACUUCAUCUCUAAGUACUUGUGUAUUUAACUGUUAUGUGAUGUUUAUCAUCUCAAUUUUUCAACUGCUGAUCAAAAUUCCCCUACAGGAGAAAUGUGAUUAUCAACAGUAUUAUCCUUAUCUUCAGCAGAUACAUCAAAAUAACUCACUCUGGUGUGUGUGCUUUUUUAUUAACGAUUCUGUGACAAACAUUUGUAGAGUUUUUUUUUUCUGAUUUCAUGGCUUGAUCUGAUCUAACAGUUUCCAAACUUUUUUUAUAAAUAGGUAUUGUCUACAAGAAUUGUUCAAGUGAGUUUAAAAAAAUGAUAAUAAAGUUUGAUAUUAUCUGUA